ACAAUGUCCGAUCACUAAGGAUAACAUAUUUUCAGUGUUAUUCAGCAUCGAGGAUAUGUUUCUUUGUAAUAUGCGUUAUAUGUAUUUUGUCUAUUCAACCCACAUAGAUUUUCCUUUAGCCAGAACGAGAACUGAUUAAUAUUGCAAAUAUUACACUAGUAAAUAGCAACAUUGGAGAAGUCUUCCGUGAUAAUGAGAUCUUGAUUAUAUACUGUUGGUAUACAGCUAGUGACAUGCAGUGAUUACAAUGGAUGCAAAAUUAACUGUUUAUUUGUCUCAGUGGAUAUAAUUAACUGAAAUGGUAUACACCUAAUAUGCCAACGGGAGUUAUUAUUCGAUAUUCGCAUUUCUCUUUUGAAUGAAAUUGGAUUUUUCUCUCAUAUUCAGUGUCAUUUUAUAGACGGCGAUAGUAAAAAUGUGACGUUAACAUACCAGUUUUAAAUAAAUCCACACGAAUCGAUUGUACCUAUGUAUGGAUAUUUUUCUCAGGAAUGAUGAUCCUUAACUGACAAAGAGUUGCUCAUCAUGUCUUCUACAUCGUUGACGACAUUUAUAACGGUGUUUUUCAUCGUGUUUUUGACCCAACAACUCGUCCAUAGCAACGACCUUGACCCAGUUCUUACGUCACCGGGCGAUCACGUGAUUUUGGUAUUUAUAGACAUCCACGGGGAGUUUCAAGAUGGCGCAUGCAGUGGCUGGCCAGAUUGGGUAAACUAUGAGAGGGCUCACUUUUUGUACUGGAAAUCCCUGGCAGACAACAAUACAGGUAUUGAGAUAUACGACAGCUGUGGUUCAGAGAGACGUGUUGCAACGUUGCUUCGUAAUCGCCUUUACGACCCAAGAUGUGAAAAUGCAACCAUGUCAAUCGUAACAGGGAUACUUUCCUAUUCCACGGCGAAGGUAGACGGUGUAAUUUCCAGUUUCACAGACGUUUUACACGUGUCGAUGCUGGAUAAAGGGAGACCAACAGUCGAGGAAGAUUACAUUGUAGCGGAUAUCCCUGUAUACUCCAAUAUCCAGAUACUCGGUCACGUUUUGAAAAGUCUUAAUUGGGACUAUGUUGCGACAGCCGCAGACGACCGGCCUAUUUCCCAGGCCGAGCAUUCCGCCUUUUUAAAACUUGCAGACGACUUAGGCAUUUGUGUCAGAUAUUCACAGACAAUUGCAAAUAUCAGUACGGACAACAUCGGUGACGUUACCACACCCGGAAUUAUUGUCUUCUUGAAUAAGAAAAAUCUUCUUGACAAUUUAAACAUCAUCUCUAACGGGCUUGCGGCCGAUGCUAGCGUCAUAAUUGUAACACACGAUAAAGAGACAGAUUCUUUGAAGAUAUUGCAAACAUUCAAGAACAUAAAGAAGGCUGUAAUAUUGACUGAUGACUGGGACAAAACCAUGGAAGAAGAUAAUAACUUUGCAGACUACGUGACAUUAUAUUUAAAUGAGACUUUCACAGAAGGAAACUCACUUCUGGCAACAUAUUUCAGUCAAAAUUUUAAUUGCACCCUCAAUGAAACUGAGGAGAAGAUUCGGUGUGCUGAUGUCGGAUUUAUUGACAAAGAACUGUUCAGAAGCUGUGGAAUAGACCGUUUUCAUUCCUUUGGCGAUGUGUAUAAAGUUAUGUCCCAAGCGAGCGUAGCCAUGGCAUCGAAUAAUUGCUCAACAUUUUCAAGGGCUUGUCUAGACGCCGAACUAUUUGAAACAUCUACCGAUUUUAAAGGAGUAACGCUUAACCAGUUAACGAAACGGGAACCAUUCACAGCAUUGAUAUCGCUUAUCACCGAUGGCCAUUUCAAUAAGUCUGAAGUAUUGACGUAUAAUGGUGUAGACUCUGUUACACCAAGUGUGCAAGAAUGGAUUAGAGCAGACGACACUUUUCCAGAAAGCGUCUGCGAUACUUGGUGUCCAGUUUGCAACAAGGACGUGUGCUCGAACAUGUCCACUGAACAACCCUUUGAUGGCGACUUUGUUUACAUUCCUGGGGAUAUCGUUAUUGCCGCCUUUUUACCCUUAUCAAGCCAGUGGGACAAAUUGUCAGAAGAUGCAAUUUGCAGCGGAUUAAACGUCGACGCCAAUUAUGACGUCAUUUCUGAGGCCUUUCUUUUUGCUAUUCAAUCAGCUAAAGAUAGACAACCUACAUUCUUACCAAAUGCUUCGUUUGGUGCGCUUUUGUUUGACUCGUGUACGGAUAGGCGUCGUGCAAUGCAAGUUCUGACAAACUUUGAAUCUUGCAGUUAUAAUUUUGAAACGGAUCUGCGUUUCUGGAAGCCAACACCGCUUAUUGUACCUGCUUAUUUGACGUUUGAUAAAAACAACGAUGUCGCUGGCUUAGAGUCGGACAAACUGAUCUUACAGGUUGAUGGAAAGGGCCGGGUAGUCAGUGACGAAGAACUUGUAUAUGAUCCGACCAUGUACAGUCAUGAUGCUGUGCUGAGCAUGUUAGAAAUGGCGAAUUGGACAAACAUCGGUGUAUUAUCAUCUCCUAACUUGACUAAUUUCGACGCAAAAGAUUUGCUUGAAGCAGCCAAUGCACGGAAUAUUUGUGUACAAUUCCAUCAUACACUUUCAGAAGCCUCAACGACUAUGGCCGAUGUGUUAAACAAAAUUCAAGACUCGGAUGUCAAUACUGUACUAGUGUAUGCCACGUCAUCAUACAUUGAUGACUUCUUUAGACGUUUAACGUCAAGGCAGUUACUAAAGACAUGGAUUGUUGUUGAAAGUCGGGACAAUUGGGUUGAUUUGAGUUCCAUACCGAUUCCUCUCGGGACUAUUUUUUUUGAACUGCAACACAAACAAAACGAAGAGUUCAACGCGCAUCUCCGCGAUCUCCUCACCAAUAACAUCACGCUACAUUCGUCUUACAAUACAUGGCUGGCAAGAUAUGCAAAUGCUAGGGGUUUUCAAUCUAGAUCACAAGUACUAUCUGACGUCACGACGUUAAUGCAGGCAUCUGAUGUCAUACGGGCCGUUGAUAUAUUGCUUAACGCUGUCAGCAAAGCUUCGAAUAAUAUCUGCGGAAAUAAUAUGACUUUAUGUCCGGGUUUUCUCUCUGAGAGUCCAACAGAGGUCAGACAAGAGCUGCGUAAUGUGAUGUUCAAAUACGAAGGAGCGACGGUUGAAUUAUCAACGAAAGACGAGAUGCUUGGAAAUUAUGAUAUUUCUUCAUUACAAGUUUCUAACAUGCUUCAGGUUGGUCAAUGGGUGGAUCAACAAUUGACCGCAGACCUCGAUCUUCUCAAGUCGUACAACAGUAUCGGCGAGGCUCUACCAGAACUGAGGAAGUCUUAUUGCGUAGACGAGCCUUGUGUUUGCCUCAAUAUCAACGCCUCGUCGGACGAUUCAAUGGAUCCGACCAGUAUGACCCUUGACCACGAAAUGGGUUACGUGGAUUCCACGGCUGAAUUUAAAAGCGAACUUUGGAAAAUCAUCGUCGUCAUAAUUGCUGGAUCAGGAGCAUUUAUAACAGUGUUUGUCCUGAUUUACUUCUUAUGUAAAGUAUGCGGAGGAACAUUAAUGAGGAGAUACUUACUGUUAGGAAUACCCCUUCUUAUAGCAAUGAUGUUCUUGUUUCUGGCGGUGCUGCCUUUUGUGUUUACGCCCAGCGAAUCUGUGUGCGGAAUGCGCUACUUCGCACACGGCUUCUCGUACACGCUUUGCUUCGGGGCUAUGUUGUCAAAAAUGAUGAGUGUCCGUAGUUACAGUCUGAUAGGACUUGGCGGAGAGGUUUCAAGAAUAAACACUCUCUUCAUGUGGUUCUUUGCCAUCUCCGUUCAGGUCGCGAUUGGUGUCCAGUGGUGGAUUUUAAGAAAACCGGUUUUGUUUUCCACGAACGUGUUCGAAGUAAGAAAGGGGAACCUGGAAGAGAUAACAUACUACGCAUGUGACUUUCAACGCAAAGAUUUCGUCGCUUAUCAUUCAUAUGUAAUAUUCUUAUUAGUGCUUUGCUGUAUUUACUCACUGAGUUUAAAAUCAUUGAUGAAAAACAACAAAGAGGUUAGCUCCAAUGUGCUCAUAAUAUGCUCCUGGUUCUGUUUAGCCUUAUGGAUUGCAUUGAUAGUUACGUUACUUGUGUUAGAUAGAGACUACUUGGAAGCCAUAUGUGCUAUUGGACUUUUAGCAAAUGCAUUAGCCGUGCUUGUCAUCAUUUUCUUACCGACGUUGACAGCGGUAUCGCGUCUAAAAUAUGAAGUGGCGUCAGCUGGCGGUCGUCGGGAGGAGAACGGCUACAAGCUAGAUCCGGACUUCCGAUUUGAACGUCCGUACUCACUUCCGGGGACGCUGCAUAGCUCCAUAACGGACAAAACUCUUACAUACCCGAGAAGCCUUGCAACUUUCGACACCAGUCUCAGUUACUAAGCUACUGAAAGAAAACUCUUGAUUAAAACAAGUAUAAAUAUUAUAUUUUUCUCUCCCAUAUAUUGGGAAGUAUGCAUUGGCAUAAAAUUGCCAGGCAAUUUCCCAGAAAGCUCAUUGUAAAACAUUCAUACCCUGCAUUUAUUAUAAUUUGCACUAUUUGUUUCUAUUUGUUUUCUUGUUAAAUUUCUCUAUUUUCUUCAAAUAUAUGUGGAGUUUUGUUGUUGUUGUAUUAUUCAUACAUGAUGAUAUUAUUAUUAUUAUUAUUAUUAUUAUUAUUAUUAUUAUUAUUAAAGUUAUCAAUUCGAAAUGUGUUUACAGGAUGAUUCGCGGUUUAUAAAGGGAGAAACUCAUCAUUAUUCAAUAUUGGAGGUAAAUCCGUCUAUGAUUACUCCAGCAUAUUUGACCUGAGUUCAGUAACGUUAUAAAGCAUUAGCUCAAGAAUACGGUGUACGCACUACGGUAGAAUCACAGUGGAUCGAUUUUGGGAAAAUAAAUCCUAUAAUUGAUAAUAAAUGUGUUGUGAAGUGCUCGAAGUCAUUGUUCAUAACUCCAUCCGCAAAAUAAUCAUAACUUAUGCAAUAGAGAAAUACGUACCUGAUGUUAGCUCUCAUUUAUUGCUACCAGUAUCAGGUACGUGUUUUUAUAUUGCAUAUUAAAUAAACGAAUAUUUUGUGGAUGGAAUCAUGAACAAAGACUUCGAGCAUGGUCACAACUCAUUUAUUGUCAAUUUUAUAAUUUAAUUUCGAAAAAUCAAUCCGUGUGAAUAAAACA